GUGAUUGGAACCACUAUACGUCAGCGUCGCUAUCGUGCAUCCCUGGAAGGAAAAUGGCGAUGCAUGUCUUUUUUUUUCUCAUUCGCUUUACACAACACUUUUGAGCAACACGGAAUUAACACUAAAAUACUGUACGAGCGGUUCUUUUAACUAAGCGAAAACAGAAGAAAAGACUUACCAGGAUGCGGGGUGAACUAGGACCACAGAUGUGCCGGGUGUGCCUGGAGACCAAUCAGAGGCUGCAACGUUUGGACGAAACCCGCGAAGAGGGAGAAGAGACGCCAAACGAGAUGUUGAUCCAGCUACUUGGUGUCUCAUACAGCAAAUUAAAUGACAAGGAACAGAUUCCGGAAGGCAUAUGCAAGGCCUGCAAGGUGGAGCUGAACAUGGCCUACCAGUUUCGUGAAAAGGCUCUACGGCGGCAGGCCGAAAUCGAGGAUUAUUUGAGAGAAAUGGGUCUAAUCGAUGAUACAGAAGACAUGUUCAUUAAGGAAGAGGACGAGAUGAUGUACAUUAUCGAAGACACUAGUGAAGGAAAGGAUGACGAAUUUUUGGAGGUGGAGUCCAGUGAACAGCAAGAGGUUAUUACAGAGAAUGGCGACACCAUUGAGUUCCUGGACGACAACUACACCAUUGAAAUGAACUCUGAUCAGGGUGAAAUAGUCUUGGAGGCGAAGGAAAAGUUCGAGGAGACGGCAACACAACAGCAGGUGCUGCAGGAGGCGGCCAGCACCAGUCUAAAGGCCAGACGUGGUCGCGUUCGCCGCGGGCUUAACUCCCUAACCACUUCCGAUGGAACUGAAAAAGGCGGUUACAUUUGUGAUGUGUGCGGAAACUUCUAUGAGAAGCGCGGUCGCAUGAUGGAACACCGACGACGUCACGACCUUGUCUGCCAAUAUCAGUGCGAACUGUGUGAUGCCAAAUUCCAGGUACGAGAACAGCUACGCAAGCAUAUGUACUCGCACACGGGCAGCAAGCCAUUUAAGUGCAGUUUCUGUAGUCGGCAGUUCUUCUACGAGAGUGUGCUUAAAUCCCACGAGAAUGUGCAUCGUGGAAUCAAGCCGUACGUCUGCAAGGUAUGCGAUAAAGCAUUCGCAUAUGCUCACUCGCUGACUAAGCAUGAGCUCAUUCAUACUGACAUUAAGUUGUACCGAUGCGAGUACUGUAACAAGGACUUCCGCCUGCUGCACCAUAUGCGCCAGCACGAGGAGACCAGGCUGCAUCAGAACGCCGUGAUGCUGGCCGAGAGCAUGAAGGUGGACAUGUCGGGAGAGGAAGAUGGUGAGACGCAGAAGAUCCGCAUGCAGGCAAUUCGCAGUUCGCAAUCAUAGAAUUAGUACUAUUCUUCUUAUAUUUUACUGUAAUUUAAUAUCUCUUUAGAAAUAUAAUCCUUUUUUCCAGUUUA